GACCGGGUGAAGGUGCCUUCGGAUGCCCGUCCGUCGGCCCGUGCACGUGCGGGGCUGCGCAAGGGGCUGCGCGGGCGCGGGCGAGAGCGAGAGCGAGAGCGAGCGAGCCUCUCGACCUGCAGCCGAGGGGGAAAGCCGAGACGGGGCGACUCCUCCCGGCGCAGGUGCCGGCUGGCGGGGCAAGGAAGAGAAGGCGGACUUCCGGAGGCGGGAGGAGCCCAGCAGCCGCCGGUGAGCGCGGCGCGCAGGGGCUGGCCUGGUUGCCGGCCUUCUCUGCCUGCCUGCCUGCGCCCGCUGUGCCGAUGGCGGCGGGGCUGAGCUCGCUGGAGGCCGUGCGGAGAAAGAUCCGGAGCCUGCAAGAGCAGGCGGACGGCGCCGAGGAGCGGGCCGGACGGCUCCAGCGGGAGCUUGACGAGGAGCGGGCGCUGCGCGAGCAGGCUGAGAGCGAAGUGGCUUCUCUGAACAGGCGCAUCCAACUGGUAGAGGAAGAGCUCGAUCGUGCCCAGGAGCGCCUGUCGACAGCCCUGCAGAAACUGGAGGAGGCCGAGAAGGCAGCAGAUGAGAGCGAAAGAGGAAUGAAGGUCAUUGAAAGCAGAGCCCAGAAGGAUGAAGAGAAGAUGGAGAUCCUGGAGAUCCAACUUAAAGAGGCGAAACACAUUGCGGAGGAUGCCGACCGCAAGUAUGAGGAGGUGGCUCGUAAGCUGGUCAUCAUUGAGAGCGACUUGGAGCGUGCUGAGGAGAGGGCCGAACUUUCAGAAAGCCAAGUCCGACAGCUGGAGGAACAGUUAAGGAUAACGGAUCAAACGUUGAAAGCGUUAAUGGCUGCCGAGGAGAAGUACUCUCAGAAGGAAGACAAGUAUGAAGAGGAGAUCAAGGUCCUUACUGACAAACUGAAAGAGGCUGAGACCCGAGCUGAAUUUGCAGAGAGGUCAGUAACCAAGCUGGAGAAGAGCAUUGAUGACUUAGAAGAGAAAGUGGCACAUGCCAAAGAAGAGAACCUCAAUAUGCACCAGAUGCUGGAUCAAACUUUACUGGAGUUAAACAACAUGUGAAAACCUUCUUAGCUGCAUCCAUGCCACUGUCAGUUUUGUUUCGGGUUUUUUUAAAUACCUGCUUGCCAUGAAACCCUCUGAAAUGUGUCUUUAUUUUUUUUUAAUUUUCUUCCCAUGUUGCCACACACAGUUUCAUCUGCUAACCCCAGGCACGGAAUCAGGGAAAAUGUCGAGAGACUAGGAAGCUAUGGAUAGGUUAGGCUUUGUCAUAUACCCAUGGUUCUUCUGUGCCAUAUUCCUGGCCCUAAUGUUGCCUACGUUUUGUAUGGAGUUCAAUAAUGCAAACCGUGUGCAGCCUUUGUUGCAGGUGGAAAGGCACUCUCCCACCUGUGCUGCCAACUCAGAUAUUAAACAGAGAUUAACUCAGGAGAGGAGCAAGGAAUUGAGUGUUUGACUGACAUUCCGUGAAACAAAAGGUACUUGUGUGGUCCUUUGACUGGUAUUUGUAAAAACUGUAGAUACUCCUGCUCAGUAAUUUGAUUUCUUUAGGGGUGUCUCAAGCUGAAAAGGUUUGCCUUUCUAAUUUGAGAAUGGAACAGACCUGUAGGCCCCAUUUUAAACUAUUUAACACCCAAGCUGAGAAUCAUGUGCAAUUUAUGGCUCACCACAAAUUGUUGGGCAGCAUUUUGGUCUGCAAAAAGUCCUUCCAUGGCUGUGCUUAGGAUCCACUCUGCUGGGGAACAAACCAGACAUUUUACAUCAAUGAAUUCCAGUUGUGUUCUGUUUUUGUCUGAAGCUCAAGGGAAUCAAAUAAAUUUGGUAUUUGCCACAUGUUUGUUUGACACACUUUUUUUGUUUUGUUUUGAGCAAUUUUUAAAGAAACAUAUCUAUGUAAACAUUGUAUAAUUGAUAAUGGAAUAAAAACACGCACUCUAGGACAUUUUUUUAAAA